CGGGGCAAACAACGGAAACUCUAAAGUCAUAUGAUCGAUUUGUGAUUCCUUUGGAACACAGCCCUCUCUGUUCGUUGCAAAGAUGGCCAGCCAGACACAAGGUAUUCAACAACUGCUGGCAGCUGAAAAAAGGGCUGCGGAGAGAGUUGCAGAAGCUAGGAAACGCAAGGCACGUAGAUUGAAGCAGGCAAAAGAAGAAGCACAGGAUGAAAUUGAAAAGUAUAGGCAAGAACGAGAAAGGCAAUUUCGCGAAUUUGAAGCAAAGCACAUGGGAUCAAAAGAAUUUGUGGAGGCACGUAUAGAGAGCGAUACAAAAACAAAAACGGAAGAAAUGAAUCAAACUGUGGCCAUGCACAAAGAUAGCGUCGUGCUCACAAUCUUGGACUUGGUGUACAACAUUAAACCCGAAUUGCACAAGAAUUACCGCGCCGAAAUGUAAGCGAGGAAAAGCGUACCGAUUAAUUAUAAAUAUUGCAUCUUACGCUAUAAAUGUACAUUAAGUACUUUAUUUUAUCAUAUCCUGAAACGUAUAUAUCGUUAUUAUGUUGUACUCGAAAAAUGUGUAUACCUUUUCAUGGUAGAUGGUGGUAUCGAAAUUAUUAGAAUUUUGUCUGCAGUUGCUACAAGACAAUAAAUGUAAUUGUACCUAUGCUGAGCUUUUACCACCAUAUUGGAAAGUUUAAGGAUUAUCAUAGUGUAGCGUCACGAUAGCAGUAUAGACGUAUUAAACAAGUUAUCGUCAUUGUGAUAUAUCAAGGCCUAGAUAUAUUAGGAUGACGUGUAAAUGUUAAAGCUUAAGGUGGUGGCAAAAGAUUGUACAUCGUUAAGUGUAUAUCGUUAGAUGUCAUUCCAUAAUUCUGCUGCAUCGAGGACAUAAAACGUGUCUUAAAAGAUUUUGCGUACAACUUCCAAAGAAUCACGCAUAAGCUCCCAACCUGAUGGUGGUUCUCGCGACGUUAUACAUACAUAUAUAUACAUAUAUUAUUCUUCGUUUUGUUUGAAACAUUUAAGCUUUGUUAAGUUAUAGAGAAAAAGAAGUUAUACCUCACGUGUAAACCCUGUUUCCGUAUGCUGACUAAUCUGUACAGUAUUAAUGUUCGAGAAUAAAAACGGACGA